GGUACACCGAACCAAUACAAACAAAACACUGUCUACACAAUUGUACCUACUUAUAAGUAUCUAACUCGUAUACCUAUGUAGAUACAUAGGUUUUCGAUUCUAGAUAGAUCUCAUGUUGCUCCAGUCUAAUGGAGAUGCUGGAAAAAAGCAAGGAAUGAGCUUUUGAUGCGAAUCAAGUCUUGCUGGCACAUUGCCAAACUUUCGGCCAUUCACAACACACAAGUCUAUGGAAAUAAACAUCUAUGAAUAAAGUCCACGACUCCAGUAUCCUGUAAACUCGAUAGCACACUGUUGUGUUGUUUUAGAAAAAACGGUGUCUUAGGUAAUAUAAGACGUUUAUUACAUAUUAAAGCUGGCUCAUCAAUUUUGGAUUUCGUACCAUCCCCCCACAGCAGGGAAACACACCGCUAGCGAAGAUGAAACGCCUCCGAUUCCUGAAGAGGAGUUGGAACAACAAAAGCUUGAGCACGAACGGCAGAUGCAAAAGGAAAAAGAAUGUCAGGCCAGAGAAGCGGAGGAGGUGGCCCAGCUGGACAUAGAGCUUCUGCAUCAGAGGGCCAUCGAGGCAGAGGAGGAGCAAAAACGGGAGAUAGCGGAGGCGGUGGAGGAGUUGCGCGGCAUGAACACGUCAUGGUCGCACCACCGGCUGUGCGACCUGCAGCGGGCGGCGCGCUGGCGACACAGCCGCCCCUCCAUACCAGACACUUCGAGACCGCUCAGGAACCAUGCAAGCGUUCUGAAGAAGGCAUGCAGCGCGCAUCUCACAAAGCCGGAGUCCACACAGAGCAUCGCAGACAGUGACGGAAUAUUUAUCAAUCUCUCACGGUACCGAAGAUCUUCGCGAGAUGACGCGCUAAGCCUGGCGGCGGCGCCGGCGGCGGCGGCGCGGUCGUGGCGCGCGUCCACGAGUGACGUCAGCCCGAGCGACCCGCCCGAGAUGCAGCGAGCACCGUCGUGCCCCGGAUGCCGAGCUCCAAUCGCGUCCCUCGAUUGUAUGGACGAUUUUAGUGCGAACUCACAACAGAUGCUGGAUCAAGCCGGCGAAACAACCGUAUCUCGUCAUAUGUCUACGUACCUCGGAAACCAAACGACAAUGCCGUCUGUGGUGACUCCGGGGCUCCGGUACAAGAACCUGGGCAAGUCGGGGCUGCGCGUGCCCAACAUCGGCCUGGGGAUAUGGACGCUGCUCACGGACGACUCUUCCGAAGAUAUCGUCAUGACCGCUCUCGAGAAUGGCAUCAACUUGUUUGACCUCUCUGAGGCACACUGUGCCAGGGGCGAAGCAGAACUAGGCAGGAUUCUGAAAAAACGAAACGUAAGGAGGACCAGUAUAAUCAUAACAACUAAAAUAUACUGGAGCACCAAGAAUCCUAAUAACAGGUCGGAUGAGAGAGGCCUAUCCCGUAAACACAUCAUUGAGAGUGUAAAAGCUUCCCUAUCGAGGCUGCAACUGGAGUACAUUGAUGUGGUCUUGUUGCACAAGGUGGAUCCAGUGUGUCCGAUGGAAGAGCUAGUUCGUGCUAUGAACUUCGUGAUCAACCAAGGAUGGGUCAUGUACUGGGGAACUGCCCGCUGGUCUCCAACUGAGAUAAUGGACGCGUACACAAACUGCAGACAGUUCAACUGCGUGACUCCGAUCGUGGAACAGACCGAGUACCACAUGUUCUGCCGCGAGAAGCCCGAGCUCUACAUGCCCGAGCUGUACCACAAGAUCGGCGUCGGUGUAAUCUCUUCAAUAUCGCCAGGGAUGAUGGCUUGGUCCGCAAUAACUACUGGCAAAGGCCUGGGUCGUGAGGAGAUCACGGGUCUCUUUGCCAAGUCAAGGUUCAACAGAAAAUAUAGCACAUUCAGUUGGUGCGAAGAAGACGUCGCAGGAACCGAAUCAAAUCCCGUGCAGGUGCGAAGCUCAGGCAGUAAGGAGCAGGUGACUGGCGAGGAGAUACAGCGCACAUACGGAGACAAACUCAGAGAUCUGUCUAACUUGGCAGAUUCACUAAAUUGCUCCAUGAGCCAACUGGCGGUGGCUUGGUGCCUGAAGAACGAGUCAGUAAACUGUCUCCUGCUGGGCGCCACCAGUGUCGACCAGUUCAAGGAAAACAUACAUGCUCUGCAGAUCGUCCCGCAGCUGACGGCCACCGUGAUGACGGAGAUUGAGCGUCUGCUGGGCAACAAGCCGGCGCGCCCGCCCAUGGUGUCCACACUGGCCAUGCGCAACCAGCAGAACAACAGCAGCACCACCGUCCGCGUCGACAUGACCGGAACGGCGACUUCUGAGACUGAUCCGAAGCCCGAGUGCUCGACAUCAGUCGAGGUAGUGGAGCGGGGCGAGGACGCGGUCGCGUCGGGCUCGGGCACGGCCCCCGCCGUCGCCCCCGCCCCCGCUCCCGCUCCCGCUCCCGCCGUCGCCCCCGCCCCUCUCUCCGUCUUCUACCGAAGUGGCGCGACCACAUCGGGCACCGGGACUCCGAAGCCGGAGGCAGUCGAGGCGGCCCUUGAGCCCGAGGUGGCCACUCCCUCCAAGGAGCCCGGGCGGGCUUUUUGUGAGAUCCAGUGACCGUGGUGGCGCGGAAGCACUGACUCUGCUUCCAAGUCUAGUAAAUCAAAGGAAUCACUCAAGGAAAACAAGCCGAAAUUCUUUUUGAACAACGCAGGCGAAGUUAUCCAACGAACCGAACAAGAUGGAGUUUCGACAGAUGUAGUGAUCUCAGUGUCAUCGCUUAAAGGGAAGAAGACAUCACGCGCCGGGAAGUCACUAGGUAAAUAAGAAGACGAAGCCUUUAAAUAGUGCGACGUAACGUAGGUGUAUAUCUACUUAGAACUCUGUAGAUCCAUGUAGAACUUCUAGUUUAUGAAUCUAUUAUAGCUAUCAUCAUCCAAAAAUAGUAUAUCAUAAAAAUGUGUCUAAAAUGUUAUGAAUGUACAUAGGUAGUGAAAAAUAUAUUUAGAUACUUAUCAAUUAAAAUAUUAUGUCAACGUUAUAUUAAUAUACAUAUGCCUAUGUCAAAACAAAAAUUUCAUCGUAGAACAUAAACAGAGCUAUAGUAGGACACAACUUCGAGAUAGAAUCAUGCACAAUUUUAAAUUAAUGAAUUGAUUCCUUUGGUAAAACUGACUGAGAAAGCUGUUGAGUCCUUUUUAUAUUUUCUUUAAGUACUUUCAUUAUCUUUCUAUACUCACUAUUUUAAACAGUAUUCCGCUUAACUCCGCUUAGUAAUCAUGCUGUCUAGUAUUAAUUACAUCAUAAUCAUCCUUCACCAUAGCAUAGGUGUUAGGUAAGCCUUAACAAGUCUUCAAUGAGAAAAGUUAAAGUAUAGGUACAAUGAACUAAAGGUGGAACCAUGUCUGAAUCAUGAGAUGAAUCAAACACAUAGAUAGGUAUAUAGAUAGGUAUGUGGCUAUGUAGUCAUGCGGGUAUAUAGUUGGGUAUCGCAGCUCUCUGCACUCGACUCGUUGGCAUCUAUUGUCAUCCAUUUAUAUUAGCAGAUAAAGUUAGGGACAUCAAUUGAUGCCGAUCGCUCUUAGAGCCUUUUAUGUCAUGGAUGUUUUUUGUCGAUGUUUAUUCGUGUCUCUCUAGUAGUCUAGAGUAAAUAUUAUUAUGAUGAUCAAGUGAUGAGGAUAAUAUUAUACUUACUUACAUAUUAUAUGUCUGUUUAAAUAAAUGUCUAAUUAUUACUAAAGGUACUUCAUGAAUAUAAAUAAAAUUCCAUAUAAAUUCAAAAGAAUUUCUUGAUGUUCUUAGAUUAAACCUACUAAACCGUAUUUUUGUCUACCUUAUAUAACAUUUUGUAUCCAUAGUAACUAUAGCAAAAUUUUCAAAAUUAUACGAGUAGUACCAAACAUUUAAAGAAAAUUAAUGUUGUAUUCAAAUCGAUGUCUUUAAUAUAAUUAUUAUUGUAAUACUUAUUAUACUCAGUAGAAAUUUAAUCAUUCAUAUUUGUUAGAUUUAAUAAGACAUUUCGGAGUCAUUGUACCUGAAUAUUUUGGUUAGAUGAAACACCUCUGUCUAUGUUAACAGAGUAGGUAUUACUCAAAAAAAUAUGUUUAAAAUAAGCUUCCUAAUUCAUCCUCAUUCUAGUCGUAAGUUUAAAAUAUCAAAUCACUCUAGUUUGUUACCCUCGCUAAGCGAGCACUCUAAAGCUAAGGCAUAAAAUAUAUUUAUUCAUGGAUUAAAUAAAUUGUGACUAAGUCAACA